AUGGACCGGGCGCCCCAGACGCUCCUGGCCAGGGCCCUGUACGACAACCAGGCCGAUGGCCCCGACGAGCUGGCGUUCUGCAGAGGAGACCUCUUGGUGGUCGUCGCGCAGGACGUGGCCGGGGCCGAGGGCUGGUGGCAGUGUCUGCUGCACGGGCGGCCGGGCCUGGCCCCCGCCAACCGCCUGCGGGUCCUCCGCAACAGGCAGGCCCCGACAACGACGGCGGCAGAGGCAGCAGCAGGGCGACCCUGGGCCCGGUCCCUGGGAGGCUCAGAAGACACCGAGCACCCCUACCAGAUACCAGCUGCAGGGCCUGUGUACGAGCCCAUGAAGAGCUGGGUGGAGGGGCCACCACCCCCCUCGGCCCAAAUGUCCGUGCCCCCCGGGCCCCUGGCACCAGGGAGCACUCCCGGCGGAGCUCAGGGGACCACCUGGAACGGCGGGGAGCGGACCCGGGUCGGUGCCAGAAUCGUGCGUGAGCAGAUGGGGAGGCUGACACAGCAGGUCCUCGUCACCAUCCCCAGGCCCGCCAGGGCCUCGCUGCCGAUGCUGACGUCCGAGGUGCCUGCCGGGGGUUGGAGGCUACAGGGGCAGACCGUUCCCCCAGCGCCGACGACCGUGCCGAGGCCAGGCCGCUACAGCACGCUGCCGAACCCCCCGAAACCCGAGUGGGCUUACGACAUCCCAGGACCUCCUCAGCCCACCGGCGCCCGGAACCGCCCCGUCACCGCCUUGGCAGAGACAGCGGGGCCCCCCUCAGCCCCCCGGCACACGUCUAGUUUCCUGGGUCCCCUGAGUACCAAGGCCACGUCCCCGAGUCCCCACCUGCCCGAGAACGUGCCCCCGGCGAAGAACUUCGGGGAGCAGGGGACCCGCUACAGAGUACCGUCCAGCUUCCAGGCGCCCCGCGUGGAGGCUCAGAACACCCAGCCCAACAUUUACGACCUGCCCAGAUGCCAGGAGGGGUUCCUGCCCCCGGGCAGAGAGCCCAGGAAGACCCCAGGGGCAUCGGAGAAGUGCCCGGAGCUCAAUCCCACCUGGCCGGGCCCCGAGCCCGACAGGGCCUCAGUGUCCAGCUCGGACGGCAGGGCCAGCGUCACCUCCUCCUGCUCCUCCGUGUCCACCGACUCCUCGUCCGGCUGCGAGGACUCAGCCCGGGAGCUGCCCGGAGACCUGAGCUCGGCCAGGGAGGUGGUGACGGGCCUCCAGCAGCAGGUGACCGGCUCGGUGGCCGGCCUGAUGCUCUUCGUCAGCCGGACGUGGAGGGUCCGAGACCACCUGGAAGCCAACAUCGCUGCCAUUCGCCGCGCGGCCGACGGCGUCGAGGCCGCCUUGGGAGAGUUCCUGGAGUUUGCCCAGGGGGUGCGUCAGGUGGCCGCCCGCCACCUCGCCGAUGGCGUCCUGCAGGCCAGGAUCAGGGACCAGGUCCAGACCAUCUCCGACUCCUACCGGGUCCUGCAGGAGAGCAAGGGCGCCCUGGAGAGCUUCGACUGGUCCCUGGAGGUGCUGGCGACGGACAAGCUCCAGAACCAUCCAGAUGACCUGGAGAGGUUCAUCGCGGCGGCACGGAUGGUUCCGGAAGACAUCAAGAGGUUCGCGUCCAUGGUCAUCGCCAAUGGGCGGCUUCUCUUCGGCGAGCACAGUGAGAGGGAGGAGCCUGAGCCCUCGGCCCCCAGCGCAGGACAGAGGCUGGAGAAUCUCGUCCUGCUCCUCCCCAGGGGAACGGAAUCCCCCCCGAGGCGCGCCCCUUCCACCGAGCAAAGAACAGCGGUGCAGCCCCCCGAAAUAUGGAAGAAAAGGAGGCAGCCCAGCAUCUGCCACCAGCGUCCUGGCACUGUCCUCCCCGGGUCCCCGCGGCCACAGGAUGCCCAGAAGAGGGUCCAGCUCUCGGAGCACUGCCGCCUCUACUUCGGGGCCCUGCUCAAGGCCGUCGGCGUGCUAGGGGGCAGCCUGCAGUCCGGCCAGCCCCCCGAGGUGUUCAUCACGCAGAGUAAGCUGGUCAUCAUGGUGGGCCAGAAGCUGGUGGACACGCUCUGCCAGGAGACACAGGACCGCGACACGCGCAACGAGAUCCUGGGGGGCAGCAGCCGGCUGUGCGGGCAGCUCCGGGACGUGGCGCUGGCCACCAAGCGUGCCGUGUUGCAACACCCCUGCAAGGCCGCCCGCGCCCACCUCCUGGCCCAGGCCCAGCUGCUGGAGCAGGCCACGCAGCAGUUCCGGGCCAGCCUGGAGUGAGGCUCUGCCCUGGGCCUCCCUCCCCUGCACGGGUGGAGCAGUGCCCGUCCCCAGGGCUCUCGGGACAUGGAUGUCGCACAGGGGUGUCAGCAAAGCCAGAACACCGGCUGCUCAGCGCGGGAAGUGAUGUCCCAGAACCCCACGUCUGAGCUGG